AUGGGUAAACGAGAUAAGAAAACUGGGAAAGGUCGUCUGGAUAAGUACUAUCACUUGGCGAAAGACCAAGGCUAUCGUGCUCGCUCUGCUUUCAAGCUCAUUCAAAUAAAUAAGAAAUACAAUUUCCUCGAAAAGUCGCGUGUAUUGAUAGAUCUAUGCGCUGCUCCUGGUGGUUGGUUACAGGUGGCUAAAAAGUAUAUGCCCAGUCAGAGUCUUAUAAUAGGCGUUGAUCUAGUACCAAUAAAACCUAUACCCGGAAUAAUAACAUUACAAGAUGACAUAACAAGUGACAAAUGCAGAGCAAAUCUACGAGCAGAGCUAAAGCACUGGAAAGCUGAUGUAAUUUUGCACGAUGGCGCUCCCAACGUUGGUGUUGCAUGGAUACAAGACGCAUAUUCGCAAUGUGAAUUGACAUUGAUGGCUUUAAAACUGUCCGUUGGGUUUCUGACGCAAGGAGGAAUCUUUGUGACUAAGGUGUUUAGAUCAGCAGACUAUAAUAACCUAUUGUGGGUGUUUAAUCAGCUGUUUAAGAGCGUUGAAGCGACCAAGCCAGCAUCUUCGAGAAUCGUUUCUGCGGAAAUAUUUGUGAUAUGUCGCGAUUUUAUAGCUCCCAAAAAAAUCGACCCAAAACUUCUUGAUCCGCGUGCAGUAUUCAAAGAACUCAAUGCUGGCCCAUCUCGUAUUCUGGAUAUCCUCCAUCCUGAAAAAAAAAGGCGACACCGAGAAGGCUAUGAAGAUGGCAACUACACAUUAUUUAAAUCAGUAUCUGCCAUAGAGUUUAUUGAUUCGGAAGAUCCCAUUAAACUUCUUGGAGAUGUUAACCAAAUAACAUUCGACAAUGAGGAAGCAAUGGAAUUGCGCCAACACAAGUAUACAAAUGAAGAUAUUAGGACUUCGUGUGAGGAUAUUAAAGUCUUAGGAAAGAGAGAGUUUAAGGAUUUGCUAAAGUGGAGGAAGAAAAUUAGAGAGUGGGAGGCUGAACCAGAGGAUGAGGAUAAAGCCAUUCAGGAAGAGCUCGACAGACUUGUGCAGGAGUCAAAAACAAAAACAAAGAAACUGCGACGUAAAGCAAAUGAAAAACGACAAAAGAGUGUUGUUCGAAUGCAACUUAAUAUGAUCACACCUGCUGACAUUGGGAUAGAGAGUAAUAAAACCGGCGAGCUUAUGUUCGACCCCAAGGAAGUCGAUGGAACAGAGGCAAGUAUUAUUGGCAUGAUUGCUGUUGCUUUAGAUAAAUUACGGAAAGGCAAAGGGGAAUUAGCAGAGUUGGAUGCUUUGGAUGCUUUGGAUGAAUCAGAUAGUGACAAUCUCGAUGAACUGGAGGCUGACAUGGACAACUUAUACGAAGAAUACAAAGAGCGCAGAGCGGAACGGGAUGCAAAAUAUGCUGCACUCAAGCGAAAAGCCGAAAAGAUGGAGGGAUUGUCAGAAGAUGUUGCAGUCGAUGACAUGGAAGUAGAUUCAAUCUCAAAAGGGAAUGAUACCGAUUUAUCGGAUAAAGAAGAGAAAAUCGUUGAACAAGACCAAGAACAAUCCGAGUCGGGAGAUGCAAAGAGUAAUACACUCAAGCGUAAAGCAGAAGAGAUGGAUGAAUCCUCAGAUGACACAGAAGACGAUGAUAUAGAAAUAGUUCCAAAGGCAGAUGAAAGCGAAGAAGAGAUGUGGGAUGCUAACGCAUCAGAUGAAGACGAGGAAAAAAUGAAAAAAGCUCAAACCUACGGAUUAACAACAGCCGAAGCAAUAACUCUAGCACAGCAAUUAGUAAACCGACAAAAAACCACUGGGUCUUUGAUCGAUGACGGGUUCAAUCGUCAUGCCUUUAACGAUCGUAUUGGCCUGCCCUCAUGGUUCCUCGAUGACGAAACAAAACACAAUAAACCUAAUCUGCCCGUUACCAAAGAGGCCAUCCGCGUUCUACGAGAACGCAUGAAAGCGCUUAAUGCUCGACCGAUCAAGAAGAUUGCAGAGGCAAAGGCUAGGAAAAAGAUGAGGGCGGUGAAAAAACUAACAAAAUUACAGAAAAAGACCGAAGCCGUUGCUGAGGGUAAGGAUAUGACAGAGAGAGAGAAAGCAGAUGUUAUUGCAAAGAUGGUGAAUAAAGCAGCAACGACAAAGAAGAGACAAGUUAAAGUAGUUGUUGCGAGAGGGACAAAUAAAGGAAACAAAGGACGGCCUAAAGGUGUAAAGGGACGUUAUAAGAUGGUAGAUGCGAGAAUGAAGAAAGAAGUUCGUGCUCUGAAAAGAGCCGACAAACAUGGUAAAAAUUCAAAGAAACAAAAGCGGUAA